AUGUACGGGAAGAGCGGGCCAGCGAUCAGCAAGGUGCUGAGGCCGGAGUACGCGAGGGGGGUCAUGGCGACGGCUCAAGGGCUCAUGGUCAAGAACCGCAACGAGAUCCUCCACAACAUCGCGGAGGAGCGUCUCAAGGAGGAGACCCAGCAGACCAUCACAACACUCAAGGUCAUGCGCCGAGGGCCAGGGAGAGCGACUGGCUGA